AGCUAGUCCCACUGUUGGGUGAGGAUUGUGGAAGAAUGCGAAUGACUUUCAGAUCAACAAAGGGCCGUUGGAUCACCCACCUCAGCCGGCCGUCGUCGCAUGGAUCCACUGGGUUAUUUGUGCCGCCCAGCCCUCCUUUGGACCCUGAGAAGAUCAAAGAGUUACAGCGCUUCAUCACCCUUUCCAAGAAACUUCUAGUGAUGACAGGCGCAGGAAUCUCCACCGAGUCUGGAAUCCCAGACUACAGGUCAGAAAAGGUGGGACUUUACGCCCGCACUGACCGGAGACCCAUCCAGCACAUGGAUUUCAUAAGCAGCGCUCCAGUCCGCCAGCGGUACUGGGCCAGAAACUUCGUGGGCUGGCCUCAGUUCUCCUCUCACCAACCCAACCCAGCACACCGGGCUCUGAGCAACUGGGAGAAACUUGGGAAGCUGCACUGGUUGGUGACGCAGAAUGUGGACGCUUUGCACUCCAAGGCGGGGAACCAGCGGCUGACAGAGCUCCACGGAUGCAUGCACAGAGUCUUGUGCCUGAACUGUGGGGAGCAGACUCCCCGCAGGGCACUGCAGGACCGCUUCCAGGCGCUGAACCCCCGUUGGAGCGCUGAGGCGCAGGGCGUGGCCCCCGACGGUGACGUGUUCCUCACGGAGGAGCAGGUUCGGAGCUUUCGGGUCCCGUCCUGUGAACGAUGCGGCGGCCCUCUGAAACCAGAUGUCGUUUUCUUUGGGGACACAGUGAAGCGAGACAAGGUUGACUUUGUGCACCAGCGCGUGAAAGAGGCUGACUCCCUGCUGGUGGUGGGAUCGUCCUUGCAGGUGUUCUCUGGUUACAGGUUCAUUCUCACCGCCCGAGAGAAGCAGCUCCCCAUCGCCAUCCUGAACAUCGGACCGACACGGUCGGACGACUUGGCCUGCCUAAAGCUGGACUUCCGCUGUGGGGAGCUGCUGCCUUUAAUAGACCUGCAGUGACUGCAGUCUGACGUUCAGAGGCUGGAAACGGACGUUGAGUCCUGCUGCUAAAGAUCCCUGGUGAUUCUUCCCUUUCCCCUCAAACGAAUGGAAGCUUACUGACUGCGCCCGACAGGCGGUGGCAGAGCAGUGUCUCCCAAGGCUGCACCCUCCUGUUCACAGACCCGCUGUGCUGCCCCAGGGCAGUUGAGAGCUGCUGCUCCCACUCCCACCAGGAAAGGCUUUUUCAAAGCUGCUGCUCUGGGUGGCUAGCUGUGUCACCUUCCUUAUCAUAUCAGCAGGAAGAAGAAGAAACCCCUGGGAAGUACCAGAAGCCAGAAUGGUCUGGAGGGCCGACCUUGAAGCCUCACUGAUCCAGGGAAUAACCAGGAAGGCAUUUAUAAUUCACUUAUAAUUCCAAAUGGUUGUGUCUGACUGAAGAAGCACUUUGAAAUUUUUGACAGCGUGAGCGAUAACAAAAAUGGUUUUUUAUUAAGUAAAUAAAUUAUUUUUCAAUAGCGUA